AUGGCGCCUCCUUCCAAGUCGCACAAACAAGCCAGCAGCAGCAGCAGCAGCAGCAGCAACAGCAGCAGCAGCAGCAGUAGCAGCAGCAGGAGAGUUGGUGUUGAUAGGGAGGAAGCUGCUACCCAGGACCUAGAUGGGGCCCCUAUACCACCUUCAAUGGGGCCCCCUCCUCCCUUAGGGGCCCCCCAAUUAGGGUCUACUUCUUCCUUACUUAAGCCUAUAUUAUAUCAGCAGGGGCCCCCAUUAGAUGAGGAGGACUGUGGGCCCCCCCCUCUAAUGUUCUCGGCCCGUAAUGUAGUAGAUAAGGGUACCCCAGGGGCCCCUAUGGGGGGCCCCCGGGGGGGCCCCUCUAAGGUAAAAGUACCCGUUCUAUGGGAGGCCCCCUACUCUUGUGGUAAUCCAGCAGUAGAGCGUAUUACGGGCAUAAUUAGGUAUCUAAGUACCCCUCCAAGGGGCCCCGAGGGGCCCCUAAGGGGGGCCCCCCCUUAUCAACCUGUUCCAGCAGCAGCAGCAGCAGCAGCAGCAGCAACAGCAGCAACAGCAUCAACAGCAGCAGGAGAAUCAGGAAAUGCUGAGGUGGAGGACUGUUGCCGUAGCAGCAGCAGCAGCAGCAGCAGCAGCAACAGCAGCAACCUCCCGUCUUCUACAGCAGCAGUUGGUGCCCCCCCUACUCCUCCUCCUCCUCCUCCUCCUACUACUACUACUGCUGCUGCUGCUGUUGCAGGGGAGGCCCCCCCCCUCUCUUGGAUGCCUGAGGGCCCCACGCAACAACCAGGAAAGGGGGGUGGGGGGGCCCCCUAUAGGCAACAACAUUCUAUUGGGAGUAGUGGGGGGGCCCCAGCCGGAGGGGGGGGCCCUUGGGAUAUUGGGGGGCCCCUGUGGGGGGCCCCACCAUGCCCUAUUGACCCAAGAACUAAUAUGGGGGCCCCUGGGGGCCCCAAAACACUUUCUUACUUCCCUAGACCUAUUGGGUAUGUUAAACCUAGUAAGGAUACCCUCUGUGUAAGGGGGCCCUCAUCAGCAGGAGCUGCAGCAGCAGCAGCAGCAGCAGCAGCAGCAUCUCCUGCUGCUGCUAGUGGUAGUGGGAGUGGUGCAGGACGAGCAGGUGGAGGAGGAGGAGGAGGAGCAGCAGCAGCAGCAGCAGCAGCUACGGAUGUGGAUAAAGAAGGGGGGCCCCCUGAUGAGGGGCCCCCAGGGGGCCCCCCUAGUAAUGAGAGAGACUUACAUUGGCGGGGCCCCCUGCAGCAGCAGCAGCUGCUGCUGCUGCUAAUGCUGCUAAUGCUGGUGCUGCUGCUGCUGCUACUACUACGGGGGGACAAGCGGAUACUGCAGCAGCAGCAGCAGCAGCAACAGCAGCAGCAGCAGCAACAGCAGCAGGGGAAGGUUGUAUUACUCAAUUAUCUAGUCCUAUAUCAGGGGCCCCCCAUGGUUCUCCUCUACCAGGGGGCCCCCCAACGGGCCCCCCAACUGGACCCUCUACUGGCCCUCCUACUGCCCCUCAUGGAGGCCCCCCUGGAACGCCACCUGGGGGCCCCCUGUCGUGUACCCCUAUAG